UAUUUUAAGCAGCUGGAAACUUUGGGAAGGAACACCUCAGCUACAGUACUGCUGUUUUUCUACCCCUUCUUCGUUGUCAACCUGUGAAUAGCUCCUCUGUGUACAUUUAUCAGGUGUCUUGGGUUUUUUUGUUAUAGGUAGUAAAAGACAAAACAACUGUUCUUUCACUACUGACUGUGUAUGUUCUGAAUAGCAUCACUGAAGUUGAAAGAAAUGGCUUGAAUUCCCUCUGCUCAAAGAUACUAUGGCUAGGAGAGAGGACUUUAAAGGGAGGGUUUUUUUGAAACAAACUCCAUGGAUAUGACUUUAGGCCUGAGCUUAUGAAGGAGAACUUCUCGUGUAUUUUGUAGGCAUGAUGACUGAACAGCUUUUUCAGUGUUGUGUAUGUAAUGAUGUUCUCUUGGGGGAGUUUAAUUUGGUAUUGAGCCACUGCUUAACAGGCUUAGCAUCUUGGUGUCUGAGCAGUCAUGGGUCAAUUUUGUUGGUAAUGCUGAAGGAACGUUUCAUAGAUAAAGGCUUGACUUUAUGUAUGUAGCAUGUAGAUCUUCUAACAAGUCUAGAAAAAAAAAAUCAUGAUAAAUAGGAGAACUUCUAAACAGCAAUAAUAAAAAAUGCCAUGUGAAUAAAAAAAACUUGAUUUUUAUAUUUGAUCUAAGUAGACUAUCUUAGCACUCUAAUUACUGUUCUUCAUAGAGGUAUCUGGUACAAUAUCUUUCUCUACUUAUUCUUAAACUUUUCCAGGGAUUCUUAUAAACAUCGUGUUAGUUUUCCUGAAGUAUUUUAUUCAAAACAUGUUUGGUCGUUUUAGUAAUAAGAUGAAAGCAUUUGCAUUGGGUACUGAGAAAUUUUUUUAUUUCAUAGGAAAAUCAGUCAUGACAGAUGUAACUUAUAAAAUAUGAAAGGUUAUAAGUUUGAAUCUUGCGUAGUCUUGAAUGUUAGAGUGCAACACUGGUGUUGGUGCAGCUGUGUUUGCCAGGGCUCAACUCUGAAAAAUUCUCUUUUGAGAGGCCUUGAAAAAAAUGAACAGUGAGCUAGAAGGUAGCCAAAUUCCCUUUCUUGGUGAGAAAACAGUCAUGUGAGUAAAAGGGACUAAAGUUAAGGGGAAGUAGAAGAUGGUGGUUAAAGAUUUAGGCAUUGUAUGUCGUGAUACAGUAGUACUGUAAUGCUCUGUAGGGGGGGGCAGAGCAGCUAAAGAUUCCAGAAAAAUCGGGAAGAAUUAGUUUGAGUGAGAGAGUGGGUGAUUUUUAGCAACAGUUUUAUCUUGGCCACUUUCUUAGAGGUAUUGCUUAACAUCUGUGCAGUAUCAUAAAUGCUUUGUGAAGUCAAUCCAUGUUACUCAGCAUAUCACAAAGAGCAGUUAAAACUUAUUUUAAAAAUAGAAGUGUUCUUUGAUUUGCAGUUCAUGUUACAAACAUAUACAUGUUAUAUACUGCCUUUAAGGUUUGCAAGCUGUAAAUUUCUGGAAGUAUAGCCUAUGACGAAGUAAGAUGGGAAGUAGCAGAAAGAUGGUAGCCUGUGGUUCUGUGGGCAGAUUGUGUAUACGGGCACAGUUGUGUCAAUUAGUCUUUGGGGAAUGGAUGCAGUUAUUUGUACGGUGCUUUGGACUAGGAUGACUAGAUUCUUGAUUGUGAGCCCCCAGAGCAAGUGGUAAUUAUUACUAGAAGUCACUGGAGCUCUGCAGGGGUGCAUCUACUUAUUUUGGGACCUGUGGACCCUAUAAAUAGCAGUAAUUUUUCUAAUGCUGCAUUGUGUGUACUUUUAUGCUCGCUUUUUGUACAUUUACAACUUACAAAAAUGUACAGCUCUUCAGGACAGCUGUUCUUAAUUGUAUUGCUAGUCACAGCAAUUAAUAAGCUUUGAUUUCUGACAGGAUGAAGGAAUCUUUUAGCGAGUGCUAUGAAUCUUUACCAAAAAUAAUGCUAAUAGCUAUAAGUAAAUGAGAUUUUGGAUAAUUCUUCAAACAUUUGACAUAUGAUUGUUUAUAAGCUACCGAAACUGGCUUGGAAUUCUAAUCUUUUGAGUACCCUUUUAUUAGCUUGUAGCCGAAGUGCUAGAUGUCUCUAUUUGAUACUGAAUGUUAAAUAUUUGCAUUCCUGUACAUAAAUAAAAGAAACAAGUUGGUUCCUGCCCUGAAGAACUUAACCUAAAAUAUUCUUCUUUUUAAUUACAUUUGAAUAUUACUUCAUAUAACCAACUCCUGAAUGGACAUCACCUCAGCAUUAUGAUUAAAAUAAAAUCUGUAUCUUCUCCAUGACACAGGUCACACAAAGAUGACUGUUUAAAGAUUUUGGAAUGUUCCAUAGUGGUGAAAACCUUAAUUGAAAGUAGUGUGGUGGUGUUCUGUGUUUUAUUUUGCUUACCUUUGAUUGGGAAGUCUGUGAUAACAAUAAUUGGAAGACUUCGGAAAUUUGAAGUGCAUGUUUUCCAGAGGAUAAAUUCCUGAUUUGCUGGAAGUUCUAGAGUGCUGGAAAUACUGAGUAUUCACUUAGAAUGGAAUCUGGUAAUGCCCGAAGACCUGUUUAAUGUUUAGUAAAAUUCUUGAUAUUUUAAUUACAAUGGUUUUGAUCCCUCUGUAUUGGAUCACAGCGUUGAUAGGGCCUGUUUUCAAACCAUAUGACUCAUCUUUAUUCUUUACUGAAUUCUUCAUGAGUCCUUGAGUGGCAUAAACUAAACCAGAGCUUAUUGAAGUGUCUCAAUUUAAUAGCUGACAGCUGUAAGUUCUGAUGAAGUUAUUUUCCUUUUGGAAAAAAAAUAGAACCAUGUAUUAAGAUUAGUGUUAACUCUUAGCGACAGUUAAUACUACUGGAAUACAACCUCUAUUUUGCAGAUUCUAUAUCUAUGCAACAAUUCCCUUCAGCAUAGUCUGCUUCUUCCUUUGAUUUACACAUCUUGCCCAGUUCUGCAUUUUUGCCUCCUUCGCUGUUUUCUGUUCGUCAGUUUGUGAAAUCAAAUCCCAUUUUUGAACUAUCUUUUCUGUUUUCAGAUACAUGUCCUUUGCAGAAGGACAAUGCAAUGUUGCAUUGCAAUGUUUGUGAUGUUCUUCAGCCUCUUUUGUGAUAGAUCCUAAAUGACAUUUUACUAAUUGUCUACUUUUUGUGAUCUUUUUUGCUGUGCUGUUUCUGUUUUCUCUUCUCUUGUUGGCCAGCCAUAAGACACUUACCUCCCUUUUUUCAAACUCUGAUUUCCCUUUUUCUCACUAAGUGGUAUUAAACUGUUAAAGUUUCUUAAAUGGGGAGAAGGGCUGGUGACAGCAUCUAUUUAUGCAACCUGCUCCUGUGCUCUUUUUGUACCAUUUCAUCAAGUACUGUAUGCUGAUCUGUGUGACUGACUUUGAAACUUUUAAGUACUUUUGGCAUAGCCUCUGUGAAUUGGCGAUACUCUCUGAAUUGGCACUUAAACUUCAUAGCUAAGGGAUGUUUAACUGUUAGAUUGUUGUAUGCUGUAAAGCUGUGUCAGCUUUCUUUUUCCCUCCACGCCAUCUCAGAUCCAUUUACAGAUAUCUGCAACUCUUCCUAAAGCUUUAACCUUUGCAGUUAACUCAUUACUGAAAACACUGCUGAAAUCUAAAAACUUAGGAUAAUCAGUUGAUAAAGAUGCGCUGGUCGUGUUCUUUUGUAUUGUCAACCUAUUUCUGUGAAUAGACGAUUAUAUUCAACUGUAGUAUAGUAUUUUACACUGAGUAGUAUAACACUGUUAUGUGAUGCAGUGUAUGUUACUUCCAUUUCUAGAAUGUGUUUUUGCUAUUUUCUUUCCCCUCUACAAAUACCACUUGGAGCAGUACAGUGAAUCUGCUAUGUCUAAACCCCCUGAAAAAAUGAAGCCUUUUAAAUUUGUUUUAUAACUGAUACCAAUCUCUCAUUGUUUGCUUGCACAAGUAGGUGAAGCUUGUGGCGAGGUAACUUUACCAGGUAUGUUGGGAACAAGUACAUUAAUUUGUAUGUUUGUCAGUUGCUGUUGGAGGAUAACAUGCUCCAUUUCAUUUCCAGCUAGGUUCUCAUCUUUCAUAUUUGCCUCAGCCUGAUACAUACGUGAGAUAUAUCUGAUCAGUCACAAGCAGGCCUGUAGCUGUUUCUUGCAGAAGUUAGGGAGGAGGUUUGUUUACUGGGGGUUCUGUGACUACUGUAGCUUCUUCUCUGCUUUUGGAAAACUGUCUGGAAAGAGAAGUAUUGUUGCUCCUUUUUAACACUCAUAGUGUUGCUGAGGAAUAGUAGCAUGCAACUGAUCUAAUGAUUAUCAGUUUUCUUCCUGCCUGUAGGGUUAGGGCUUUCAGUGUUAUAUCUGAUCUCGGUACAAGCAAAAUCAGGAAGUUCAGAAAUUUCAGAAAACUGAGCCACUCUUAGUUAUACUCACUUUUUGGUAUUUGGAGUGUCACAAAUCAUAUUUUUAAGAGGUAGACUUUUUGAUUCUGAAGGUGUUGAUAACACUUGCCUUUAGCUUCUUGAAAAUCACUCUAGAAAUAAGUUUAAAUUUGCAAGCAUAGUAACAAGUACUGUACCUUUAAGUGACAAGUAAUUUCCAUAACCUACUAAAGCAUUUUUAAAAAAACAAUACACAGAAAAGAAAGCCUGCCUUUCCUACUCCUCAUCAAUCCCAUGGCAAAAGUGUUUGACUAAAAGUUUUAUGGCGAAUGUAACUAUUUUUUGACUGUUUCUGUUAAUUUUGGAGGGAGGUAUUGCACUAGCAAUUAACUUGGCAGAGUUUUUACUGGGAUUGUUCUAGAGAGCUGUUUGCUGAAGCUCCUCAAUUCUUUUUGGUUUUGUAGUAUCUGGAAGUGCAGAGAAUUAAAUUGGAGUAAUUGAAAGCAGCCUCGUGAGAGUAUAUCUGUAUAUAGCAAAUUAUAUUUCAAUAUAGCUUUAGGUCAAGUUAAUAUCUUUUUGUAAAGUAACUGUCUGUUCCUAUUUCUAUGUAGGUCAGCCUGUGAGUAAUUCUCAGUUUUGGUGGACCACUGUUUUAUUGCUUUGUGUUGGGUUUUAUUGCUUUGUGUUGGACUGGAAGUUUUGAACAUUGUCUGUUUUCUGGGAAGGUACUUCGGACAAAAACUGUUUUAUCUCCAAGUAGUUGCAGAGAAAGGGAAGACCUGAAAGAGUUGGGGAUUGGACUAGAUGACUCUAAAGGUCCCUUCCAACCCAAAACAUUCUAUGAUUCUAUGAAAGAGCUUUUAAUUGCCUAGUAAAUAUUUUACCUGUAGAAUGGGUGUUUUGACUCUUUUGGGUAGUUUUGUGUUUCUUCAUUUGACAGCCUAUAAGAUGCUAAAUAAUAGUUUGAGUAUAACUUGUUAAUUACUAGUGAAAACUGUGUGACUUUGUUCAGAGACUCUUCAGGUUCUCCGUGAUGCUUGCAUACUUUGGUUUGAUGUUGAGAAUGAAGUUUUAUUUCCUUUGUCCUAUGUGUUACUUUAUUUUUCCAAUAUUGUUUAUUAUAAGCUUUUGCAGUAUAUACUUACAAACAAAAUUUCCUUCUUUGAAAUGCUCUUCGAAACUCUUUGACUCCCCUUUUGUAAUGCACAAAGAUGGAUGUUUGGGUUUUUUCUUUUUUUUUAAUUUAUCAUUGAUAUGUCUGUUGCCUUGCAGUCUUCUCUGUCUUCUACCUUGUUCUGUACUUGGAUUACAAAUUUUCUGGUUGGACAGCACUGUUUUGUUUUUGUUUUCACUAGCAUGGUCUUUGUCAAUGUGACAGCGUGGUCCUGGAGUGGAUUGGUUGGGAAACUUUACUGCAAUUACCUUUAAAGUUGGGAAAGAGGGCUGCUGUGGUCUCCUUAUCUAAGGGAAUUGAAUAAACUUCAGUGAAGAGGCUUGUGUAGUAAACCUAGUAAGAGGUUUUGUAGGUGGAACCAAUAUGUUAACCUAAGUGGAACAAAUACAUUAGUGUCUUGCAAUUUUUUUGUGACUUCUCCAGAAGCAAUGGAGGACCAACCUUGUUUCACUCCAAAGACUUUCUAAUGUGAGCUCUUAAUUGCAUCAGAACUUACUUUGAUUUAGUGGUGACAGAACUUUUAUUGUUGCCUUACUGAAGGUUGAGCUGCUUCAGAAUCUUUCUGGGAAACUCCUUUCCUUGGCUUUUGAAGAGUUUAUUGUUCAUUUAUGCACUUAAAAUUACAGGGUUCUGAGAAGUCUCAAGAGCAAUACAAGCUUUAGAAAUGCCAGCUCUGUAGUGAUUGCAUAAGUAGGCUGGGUUGUUGCCUCUCAAGAGUAGUUGCUGGGAACUGCCAAAAGUGAAAUUGUCUAAUAACACACACAGAAUCAUACCUUAGCUCAUAAAGUUAACACUUCUGUUCCUGUGACACUUUCUCUUAAGUUCUGUUUGCACAUUGCAGUGCUUAUGCAAGUUUUUGCAAUGAGAGAUCUGGUUAUUUUGUAUGAGAGUUUGGUUUCUUGUACAUACGAGGCUUUGCUUUUCUUCAAAUAAUGGGAUUUGCUAGUUUUCUAAAUGUGGCACAAUCUUUUCUCUGCCUCACCUUGUUUUAAAAACUGCACUAUGUUUGACUCUAGCACUGCUAAUUAUCUCUACCUGACAUUGCAAACUCUGUCAGUGAGGUUAUUAAAUAGAGCAGAAAAUUUAAAUAUUUGCACAUUAGAGUUGCAGCAAUGGAGUUAUGUUAAGUUUAAAGCAAUCCAGUUAUCCUUUAGAUUUUUAUUAUGUCUACAUCAAACUUGUGUAAGAUCACUUCUGGGGAUAGACACAUAUCUAGUGAAUGAUAUUUUCAGUGCUAACUGUAUGCUCUGACUUGGUGGCUCCUUUUCUCCUCCAAACUCAGGAAAACUGAAUUUGCAGGAAACAGUAAAACUUUUCCAUCUAUGAUCGUGCUUUCUUCUUAAGCAGUUUUACAAAAUGUUUUAUUUUGUGUUUCUUCUGGGUCCUUAUGUCUCAUAGAGUUCAGACAGGAAAAGCUAUGGCAUUUAUAUAUAUUAAUAUAGAUCAUAUAAUCCCUGCUAUAAUUGGAUGACUUUACAGAUUGCUUUUUGGCCUGAACACUUCAAAUUCAAAACAUGAAAAUUUAAAAUCAGUGAUUUUAUUCUGUUUUGCUAGAAACAUGUUUUAUUGCUAUCAUUCCUUUAACAUUAAUAAAGCAAAAGGGCAUAUUAAAGAUAAAGGCUGAACCCUCGUAUAGUUAUACUCUUGAUUCUAUUGGUUUGCCUGUAUGGUAGAGGCUUUGGCAACAGUAGCUAUCUCUAAUUUUGGGUUUGCUUCUUGCUUCAUUGGUUUAGGGCUUCCCUGUGAUAUCCUAGAAUAGCUACUUGACUGCGAUGGCCUUAAGCCAUUAAUACCUCAUUUUGGAGGAGACCCGUGGACAGUGGAGGAUUUAAAUAAAGCAUAGCAGAAGUGACUGGCCAACUGCCAGCCAGAGGACAAGUGGCUUCCCUUAAAAUGACUGACAGAGCUUGAGCAGAGCCAUGACUGGAUUAGAUGGUGACUAAGGAGUAAACUGCAGGCUUUUCCUAAGGCUUGCACAGUCUUUCUUGCCUCCUGCAUCCUGAGGGGGGAUGUGAUAGAACCUGAUGUACAUCCAAGAGGGAAGAAUCAUCACUUCUUUUGUUACAAACAAAUUGAAUAAAUGUAUCCAAAAUAAGCAGUUUGCAGUAAGACACUUUCUUUUUUAAAUGUGGCAAAGGAAAUUGUAACACUUAUUCUGUGUGCUUGCAGAGAACAACAAUGCCAAAUGCUGUAACAGCUUUAACCUGACCUGAUCUCUACUGUAAUCCGAAAUCCGGCAAUCCCCUUUGCCUUGGUUCAUUAUCUCUGAUGUCUGCAAUUUAAAUGCCGUGUUCAAGAAUUAGGUAUUAAUCUUUUUUUGAGUUCCUUCAGUACUGAAGGUCACAGAGUGUUUUCUUUAGAGACAGGAUUAAGAAAUUUAGGCUACUUUGGGGAUAACACAUUUAAAACUUGAAAUCUCCUUCCAAAGGUAAGUUAAAACAAGCUGUGUGGUUUUCCAGCAGUGCCCUUUUUUGACUACAAAAUGCUUGUAGCUUUCCUUAAUGUUUGCUGUUCAUAAGCAUUCAGGUGAGAUACCAAGUUAGAAUAUUAACAGCAGCUGUAAGACUUGUCCCUUGCACCUUUGUAGUUUCACCUCGGGGUUAAGAUUGUACAUAAAAACUGAACACUGAUACAAAUUCAGCGGUUUUAUCAGAAUUCUAGUAAACCUUCCAAGAAUUGUAACUUAAAGUGUUGGGCAAAAAGUUACCAUAGCUUCAAGGGACGAUGAUUACGCUCAGCAGCAGCUAUAGGGGAGAGCACAGUUUAUGCUGUAGUCCCAGAAUGGAGACUCUAACCAAAGGUGAAGAUGGAGUGGAAGAAUAUGUUGGCAGGCUUAUGUCAUUGGUCUUAAACAGCUAGGUAGGUGGAAUUGUAACAGAUGCUGAGGAGUUGUGGAUGUAUCAUGCUAGGUAGUUGUAUCCUCUGGAAAAUUGUGGCUGCCAGAAAAUGGAAAAUGCCUCCACCUCCUCUAAGGAAGACGUUGUCCAAUCAAUUUAUGGUUUAACUAAAUAUAACUGUAGAAUUUUUUUUUUAUCCCAAAUGAAACUCCUCCGUUUUAUCUAGCUCUUUUAGAUUAUAGCUUAAAGAGAAAAGAUGAUUAGACCUAAAACAUUUGACACUUCGGUUAUUACAGUAUCUGGGCCAUUAAAAAUGUGCUUCUCAGUUUUUUCAACUCUUGUAGAAUCAUUGUUUGGAUAAUAUUUGUGUAUGUGAGUAAAAAGGAGAGGAAAACACAUUAGCAAUCCCUGGGCAAAUUUAGAGUUGAAAAAUGUGUAUGUUUUUGCAUUAAGGUGUAAGAAUUAGAUGAUAGUUUCCAGUUUCUCUCUGUUUAUUGGAUGCAUUUGGUUUAGUGUCUUCAACAUGAGAAGCUUCAAGUAUUAGGUUGUAGCUGAGUAAAAGAGAUUAAAAUUCGUUAAGAGAAAUUCCUAAAUAAAACGAACUCCUGUACUGGAAUAAAUAGCCUCCCUGCAACUUUUUCCCCUUAUGCUUUAUGGGUUUUCCCAGUGACCAACAGUCAUAGUUGAGAAUGCAAAUGUGUCCAACUAACUUAAAAGCAAGUUCAAGUCUGGGUUGGUUUUUGGUUUUUUAUAAUAUUUAGGGUGCUUCCUUAAACUUGGUGGAUGUUGAAUCCAUUCCUUAUCUCUGUAUGCUUAGGGAACUCUUACUUUUAACAGCUCAUAGGAAGUACUAACUAAAUACCAAGGUUUAAGGUCAAUGCAUAAACUUCAUAGUUUGCAUCUGUAGACGCAUCUUGUGUUCAAAGGUUCCGGAGAAAAUACUAUAAUGCAUUGCUGUAAUAUGCACCUUCUUUCUGGUUGACUGAAGAAUCAAAGGAAUAAAUGGUGGAUACUCUUCCAUAACAAUGCUGCUUAUUCUUUCGUUAACAUAACUUUGCAAGAUUUAUUUGGUAAAGAACAUGUUCUGUGUUCUUCAUGACCCAUGCCAUUCUGUGAAUUCAAUAUAUGAUGGUAAUGCUAGCUGUUGGAGUUUUGUUAAUAAUAAAAAGUAUCGAUUUUAAUGGGAAGUUUUACUUGAAGAAGAGCAGGAGAGCACAACUUGAGUACCAACGGAAUGCCUGAGUCCCUUACUGUCACACUUGUGUUUUGUGCACCUUACCUGGUACCAUUACUGCUGCUUCUGUGUUUUUCUUCCUUGCCUUUUCUUUUCUUAUUUUUUUUCCUAUAAUCCCUUGCUUUUCUGGAUACCCUGUAAGAAUUCCUUGCUCGUUAAUGACCUGUUUAAUUUCUUCUGUUGUGCAUGUGGACAACUGAAUGUUCACACCAAAGGAUAAUGAGGUGCCCAGAUUUGACAGUGUGAAUACCAGAAGGGAAAUGGGAUGGCUUCCAACUUCCAGUUUGCCAACUUACCUGGUGGUUAUUGAUGACGAAUAUGGUGCCAAGCUAUGAUAGCCAAAGCUCUAGUAGCUUGUUAAACAAGGACCAAGGACCAUUUAAAAAAACCCCAACAAAACAACCCCAAAAACCCCAAAUUUCUCUUCACCAAGCUGGCAGUUCUUCGUCGUUAAAGCUUUGUGAAAAUGGCAAUGCAUGGAAAAUGAGUUCGAAGGAGGACGAUGAGGAGGAAGAAUUCUCUGCAACAGGGAAAUGAGGCAAGCUACCCUUUGGAAAUGUGCUCGCACUUUGAUGCUGAUGAGAUAAAACGACUAGGGAAGAGAUUUAAGAAGCUUGAUUUGGACAACUCUGGUUCUUUGAGUGUGGAAGAGUUCAUGUCUUUACCUGAAUUGCAACAGAACCCAUUGGUACAGCGAGUAAUAGAUAUAUUUGACACGGAUGGAAAUGGAGAGGUGGACUUCAAAGAAUUUAUAGAAGGAGUCUCCCAGUUCAGUGUCAAAGGAGAUAAGGAGCAGAAGUUGAGGUUUGCUUUUCGCAUUUACGAUAUGGACAAGGAUGGUUAUAUCUCAAAUGGAGAGCUCUUCCAGGUGCUGAAGAUGAUGGUUGGGAACAAUCUCAAAGACACUCAGUUACAGCAAAUUGUAGAUAAAACCAUAAUUAAUGCAGAUAAGGAUGGUGAUGGAAGAAUAUCGUUUGAAGAAUUCUGUGCUGUUGUAGGAGGCCUAGAUAUCCACAAAAAGAUGGUCGUAGACGUGUGACUCUGUAGGGCACCACCCAACACUUUUGCUUUCUUCUCCAUCUCUGAAGAUCUGCUCAAGACGUCCAGCAAUGCUCUCUGUGUAUUUAAAUGGAAGUAUUUUUCUCUGUGAAGCCACAUUUUCCAACAUGAGCCUCAUGAAGCCAACUAAGUGUUAUUGAACUUUUAUUCUCUCAAUAACUCAGUGUAGCACUUUAAAGUCUGAAGGACAGCAAAGAUGGAAAGAGCAUAUCAGUGUGGUGGAGAAAGGGAAGGGGUUGGCUUUUUAAUUUAUUUUUCUUCAUCUUUUAUAACAAGGAAAUAUCUAUCUAUAUAUAUAUAUGUGUGUGUGUAUUUAUAUAUAGAUAUAUAUGUAGCUUUCUAUAUGUAGUAGCUAGGUGGGCUUUAAUUUAAUAUACUUGAUUCAGAAACAAAACUAGAGUACAAAGUGCCAAGCAGAAUAUUAACAGUUCAAUAUAUGGAUAUACAUCCUUACUUUUAUUUCACACAGUUUUAUAUAUAUAGUAGAAGAAUGUAAAAUUUUAACGGGGUGUUAGGUCAACUCUUUUCCUUUUCCUGUGACUGUUCAGAUGUUUCUAUAUAUUGACUGGCUGACAAAGCAUCGCUUCUUAUUAAUUCACCUUAAUUACAUUUUUUGUAACACAGGAGACUAAGUUUAUUUAUACCUGUUAAUAUAUUACCAGGGACUGUGUCUCUUUGCUAAGUAACUUAGUACAGUUCUACUUAAUACGAGAAUAGAGUUUAAUGCUACUGCCAAGAACUAGCCCUCGUGCGCGUGCAGUAACUGCAGGGUGCUUUGAUGGCCACUAGAUCUCGUCACCUAGGUGUGUGGAGGAGUUACAGCUGCCCUGAAGUUAAGGCAAGUCUGCUGUUCUGGAUCCGUUUUGGAUACAGCUGCUCAAGGUGUGAGACGCAUUCGUGAUUUUUCUCUUGCGCUUAGCUUAAUGAAAUUAGGAUCGACAUAACUGUGCAGGAUUCCCAUCUACUUAUUUUAUACAGUAUUUAGAUUAUAAAAUGUUCUUGCCAUUUAAAUUCUGUUGUUCCAAUCAUGGUAGUUUCCCCUCUGCAUUUAAAGAAUACUACAGGUAGCAUAAAUAACUGGUAAUAUUUUAUAUAUAUAUAUGUAUAUAGGAUUCAUACAGGGGGAAAAUGUUGUUAACCUAUGCCAUAGAGGAGGAAGACUUCACACUAUCUAAAUUUAUACCUCUUGUGGUUCUCCAGUCCUUUGCCUGGGGAAUUUUUUUCUUUUCUAGAUUUGUCCAUAUCAUAAUUUGUAAUGGAUGGUAACUUGAUAUAUUUGUGUGAUAUAAAAGUAGCGAGCCAUGUUUUACAACUUUAUAUCAUCCCUUCCCUUUUCUGCAAUGGUACUAUUGGCUGGAAGAAAAACAUUUGCUAGAUUUUUUUAGGACAGUACAUCUUUCCUGUAUAGUAGUUUUUCUAUUAAAAGAAAUUGUUUUAUAAUCAGCAGUGGAAAGCGCAGGUUGUCUGAACCUACUUCAGUCGAGCACCUGUCUGCCAUAGCUGUUCCUUCAACUGAGUGCUGCACAUCAUGGGCUCUGUCUGUGAGAGAGAAAUCCAGGUGCUUGGUGUCCUUGCAUGACAUGAAGUUUUGCAUGUAGAUCGAUUUGAAAUGUUCCUCUUGUUUACAUAAUUUGCAUAAUUUAAAAGAUAAUGUUGCCAAACUUUGGUAAAUGUUAAUGUUCAAAACAAAAAAUCUCCACUACAUGUAACUUUCCUUCCUCUGGAUCAGUACGUGGCAUAUAAUCCCAGCCAGUGGUUGUACCUGUUCCAGUGUCAACUGCCAUGUGCUCUGCUUCAAGGGGGAACUGGUCUUUUGUGAAUUUUUUGUACAUAAGUAUUUGUUACAAACAUUUUAGCAAAUGCUUUCGAUUUCUCUUAACUUGCUUGUGCAUAUCUUGGCUGGCAUUAUAGAAAUUAGUGCUAAUGUUAUUUCCUUAGGGGGAUUGG